GCUAAACUAACUGGUUACUUUAUUAAUAAAUCAGAUAUCUUAUACUUAGGAUCAACAUUAAAAAUCUCAGAAAAAUCACAAAUAUUAUCAAAGAUUUUUACAGAUCAUCUUUAAAUAUUAUCAUUAUUUAGCUUUUUUUCAGUUAAUAUCCCUAAUUAUUUUAAAGUACCAUUAUUGCUAUCUGGUAAUUCUUUGAGCCUUACCAGUAAGUCUAUAGAUUGUUUCUUCUCAUAAUUUUAAAAUUUAAAGCCUUUGUGGUUUUAUUAGAUAAUUUGGUCUUUACUAUUACCAAUAUUUUUAUUUGCUUUUUAUCUAACUCUUGGUCUUCUUUUAUUAUUAUUGAAAAAAAAUAACAUAAUACUAAAAUAUAGAAAUACAGCAUUUAUUUUCAUAUAUCUCUACUUUUUCCCAACUGUUGUUUCACUCUUGAGUAGAUCUUUGAAUUGCAUUUAAAUAGGAGAUGAAAGUUACCUAGAUUUAGAUUUUAAUAUCAAAUGUUUUGAUCCUGAAAAUCACUUACCCUAUAUGAUUUAUUUUAGCAUACCUAUAUUAUUUGUUUGGAUCAUAGUGAUACCUUUGUUAAUAUUCUUAAAAAUUAGAAAUGGUAAACUAAAGCAAUGGUCAAUAUUUACUGAAAUUAAAUAUUCAAUUAUUUUUGCAGGACAUAAAGAAAAGUUUUAUUAUUGGGAAUUUGGUAAACUAGCCUAUAAAUCUAUAAUAAUUAUAAAUUCAAUAUUGUUUCAACAGAAUUUGCUUUAUAAA